AUGAGAGUUGUGAGCGAAAGAAGAACAUGGGUUUGUUUAUUUGUUCUAGCUUAUGCUCUUCUUUUGUCAUCUUCUUGGAAUUUGUUGUUAGUGGUGGAAGGGAAACAGAUCACUAAAGAGAUUUUUGGUGUUGUGGUUAAGAUUUUGUUGAAGGAAGGUAUUUUGGCGAUUGCUUUUUGUGUUGUUUAUGCUAUUUUGGAAGACUGGUCAGCAUGGCAGGGAUAA